CUCAAUUGCUCGCCUCUUUGAAAAGUGUGAAAUAUUUCCUCAAUUCGCUGCAAGUCACCAUUUUGUUGCGAUGAAAGAAAGAUUGAGUGGUGCCUGGCACAACAGCAUCUGUUUCCUUCUCACUUUCAUCGCUCCACCGAACUCGACCAUCCUGCCUGCUCGAUUCGCCCUUAUCUCGUAGGGAACUCAUCAGGAAAGGGCCUUUGCCAUCGGCUACAUCACCUUCGCCUUUUCUAUCCCUCACACAGCACGUCUCGCUUUCGGUCUAACGGAUCAAACCAACAACGAUGGAUCCCUUUUUCAGUCUCAUCCUACUCUGCAUCGCUAUGCUGGUGGCCUCCUUCCUGGCUGGCAAUGUUCCUCUUUCUUUUCAUCUCUCCGAGGAUCGUCUCAAGCUCAUCUCCAACUUUGGGGUCGGUCUCCUUGUCGGAACCUCGCUGGUCGUUAUCAUCCCAGAAGGUGUCGAGACCCUCUAUAGCACCCCUCAUGACACCUCAGCACCCUCUCCCCUAACAUCCACGGGAUUGGGCCUCGAUAUCGGCCAUAACAAGCCCAUCAAGCGUUCGUACUUCCAUCCAGACACUACAGCUUCUGGCCUGACAUUAGUCUCUGGAGUUCGGAAGGUCGCUACCAAUGCUGGUCUUUUCAAACGCGAAGCUGAUGUGGUCGUCAUGAAGGCCGAUCAUGCCUAUCUGAUCCAAGACCAGUUCAAGCGGGAAGACGCUCAAGUAGUGUCGUUUGAGGGUAGCAUGGAUCACUUGGAUCGACUGGACGUGUCAGCACUUGAAAUGGACAGCGCCAACGUCAUGAACCAGGCUGUUCAAGGCCACGCACCAAUCGUCAAACGCCAAGAAGGAGAGGACGGCCAGACAGGCGCAGCACCCGAAGAUCAGAAUCAAGAGAAUCAAGAUCAGCCCAAGAGCGAUCACGACGAAACAGAACACGACGAGGAAGAGGAGAACGACAACCACAAGUACAUUGGCCUCGCCCUGCUCGCUGGUUUCAUCCUCAUGUUCCUGAUCGAUCAAAUGGGCCCGACUCACGCCCAUAGCCACAACAACCAUGUCUCUGUCGCGGACUUCACGGAGCUGCAUAACCUUCAAUUGGACGACAGUAACAUUCGUAUGCCCUCGGCUGUGGGCAUGGGUGCAGGAAACAAGAAGCGAGGCAACCCUAUUACCAUCGGACUUGUUGUUCAUGCGGCUGCGGACGGCAUUGCGCUCGGCGCCUCGGCCUCGCGUCCGGAACUGCGCUUCAUCGUGUUUUUGGCAAUCAUGCUGCACAAAGCCCCUGCGGCGUUCGGUCUGUCAACGGUGUUGUUGCAACAUGGAUUCUCGCGUCGCCAGACUCGCCAACAGGUCGGGAUCUUUUCGCUCGCAGCACCCAUUGGAGCGAUUCUUACGUACAUUUUCAUCCAGAUGAGUGGACAGAGCGAUGCGGCUUCGCUGCAUUGGUGGACAGGCAUGCUGUUGUUGUUCUCUGGAGGCACGUUUUUGUAUGUAGCAAUGCAUGUGAUGAGCGAGAUGAACAACACGGAGAGGUCCUCGGCAUCAUCUGGAUAUGUGGGGGGCGCUGGCGGCGAGAAGGGCCUGUCUGUUAUCGAGGUGCUGUGUGUCAUCGGAGGCAUGGUUGUGCCUUUGAUCUUGUCUGUCGAUCAUGAGCAUUGAGAGUUCUAAAGCGUCCGUAUGCCGUUAUAUUGCUGUUUCAUCUUCUUUCUAAUACCACUCGUUUUAGAUAGUUAUACCUCCCUAUCUUUUCGUUUUGUCUAUUCCUUAUUUUUACAUCAUUUGCACCAGUGUAUCAAUAAAAUAAAAUCGAUCCUUCAUCAGUG